AUGCAUGGGGUGUGCAUGCACGAAAAAUGGUUUAAAAGCAUUCCUUCGCACCGUUCGUAUGUUCAUCUUGCUGAUCGUGGUAAGAUUCCUCAAACCAUUAGUUUUGAUAGCUCUUCCUCUAUUCAUGCUGAAGCGCUUGGUGUUUUCCAUGUGUCCAUUGAUUUGGAUUCUGGGUUUGUUUCUCGUGAUACCGUCCCUUCGGCUGAACUACAUAAAUCUCAUUUUGGUUUAACUCCUUCCACUUCCAAGAGCCAUGGACAAGGUUCGAUUCCUUCUUCCUUUAAAGGUAAGGGGUCUAUGGCUUCGGGGCCUUCCAAGAGUUUAUCUUAUUCUACUAGUAGUUCCUCGAAAACCCUUCCCCAACAGCGAUCCUCUGAUCCUCUCUCGGGCACUAUUCCCUUUGUAUCUCCUCCCCAUGAUUCUCUGAGUGUUCCAUCUACUCCUUCCUUGCCAAUGGUUCAUGGAUCUGUUCCAUCUCCUUGUGCGAUAGAGUAUUCUGUCCAUACGUCCCUAAAGAAGUCCAAAAGCUCCAUGAGGCCUCGGGUUGUCACCACCAAGAUUAGUCAACAGAAACUUUCUUGUAAUAUUCAGUUUGUCCUUUGA